AUGGCGAAACGACCGUCGCUAUCGAAGAUUGUGUCUUCCAACAACAAACUUGUUACCGAUGAGGAUCAUGUUAUCUGCGCGAAAGCAGGCCGCAUAACAUUCUCACACGAGUUCAAUGGGAUAUCCCCAUUAUUCUCCCUCCUGCAAUUAGACAUCUACUUCCCCAUUGCCUCCCGGAUCUGCGACUUCCUACCCAUCGUAGACAUCAUACAGCUGACCAGGACCUGCAAAGCCCUUUCUUCGCUUUAUCGCGAUCUGAUACCCCACAAAUGGAAUAUAGAUCGCUUUUUGAGCCGGCAUCUCAAGGACCCAAAAGCCUUCCGAUCGAUGCUUGGUCAGUGCGAUGCGUUGCUCUCCGGCGAAUCUAUAUUGGAUUUCUAUCUGAGUCGUCCAUGGACUGACGCAAAUUUGUGCAUAUAUGUCGAGCGCGGAGAUAACACUCGAAAAAUGAUGAAAUACUUACGUACGAUGGAGGAAGGCUCGCUGACAUGUCUGUCGAGCAUUGACCGGCAGAAUGGGUUGACGGUUCGCGGGCUGUAUGCGGAUUGA